AUGUUGGCACUACUAAUCUCAUGUCCCACGCUAACGACAAUGCCAGCAACUGUUCGUUAUGAUAUGACUAUUUCUUCACCGGGAAUACUGUCCAAUUCAGGAACGUUGUUCUUAUCAUCAAAGGGACAUUUUAUUGCUCUAGUGACCAUUCCUGAUGUAGGUAGUCCACAAAGUGCUCUCCAAGGCGUAUGGUCUUCCUCACCAUGUGGAACUUCAAUAACUUUGACUGUACAAACGUUUUAUUUUCUCGAAUUUUCGAGAUUGUCUGUUAAUAACUUGACGUGUACCUAUACAUGUGGCACGAAUAAUGAUGUAUUACGCCGAUACAAUAAUAACAGUAUCGAAUCGAAGAUGUUACCGCUUCUUGUUCGUGUACCAACGAUGCGUUUAGGUCCAUCUCUAUCGCAUCAGGUUUUGAAACGAACGCAAUCAAUUGCUGUCAGCCAACGGGCAGCUAAUCGGCAACAACAGGCAUUAGUGCGAGGAGGAGUUGCUCUUGUUGCUAUCGGUGGUGCUGGAUACUUGCUGAAUAAAAUUCUCAAUAGUCCAACGACAAUGCCAAGUGGAACUUUAACCAAAUCUAAACAAGUGUCUUUUGCUGACGCUGUUGAAGCGAAUCGAGCUUUUUCAUCGGUUGUCAAAGGACAUUUACGUUCAACGUACGCACAUUUUGCUGGUGGUCUUGCAAUGACAGGCGCAUUUGCAUAUGUGUUCCAUCGAAAUGGAUUGGGAGCGCGUCUGAUGACAAUGAAUAAAUGGGCUUAUAUGGGUGUUACACUUUUGGGCUCAAUCGGUACGCUGUAUGCAACUAUGGCCAUUGAUGACCAACGUCAACCAGCACUUAAAUAUGGGGCAUGGGCGACAUUUAAUGGCAUUAUGGGUCUUUCGUUAGCACCAUUAUGUUUUAUGCAACCCGCUUUACUUGCGCGUGCUGCACUGGUAACGACGGGGCUCGUUGGUUCAAUCUCUGCAGUUGGUAUGACAGCACGCCGUGAACAAUAUCUAUGGAUCGGCGCUCCACUAAUGGCUGGUCUUGUUACUGUGGCUCUUGCUUCGAUUGGCUCAGUCUUCUUGCCAGCAACAGCCAUACGUGCUGCAUCGCUCUUAAAUUCCAUUUCGAUAUAUGGUGGAGUGGUUGUUUUUUCCGGUCUUGUUUUGUGGGACACGAAAAAAAUCAUCGCACAUGCAGAAGCAGCCCACGAUCAGAAACAAUUGUCACCAAUUAAUGAUGCGCUCGGUAUCUACCUGGAUUUUAUUAACUUAUUCAUUCGAAUUCUUUAUAUAAUGGACAGCCGACGACGAAAAUAA